CCUGCCAGGGUUUUUGGAUACUAUUCCUUUAAGGCAGAAUAGGUGGAAAUGCAGGGCUAGAGGUACGAGGAGUAUUUAAAACAGCCCGGCACUGCCAGAGCCCAGUGUCCGGCUGCGGCAGGGAGGCAGGACACCCAGAGAAGGUCCUGGGGUCGACCACCAACACCAGCAAAACAAGGAGCGGUCAGUCGAAAAGAAAAAACAAGAAUUCAAAGCAGUCUGCAGAAGUAUCUUGGAGUGGAAUGCAAGAAAAAUGACUUUACUGGCAUUUGCCUUUUUGCUUGCUUUCCUCCCAGCUGAAUCGGCAAACAGCAGAUACCCCCCCAAGGCAGCAAUCUCGAGCCCCGUGUUCGGACCAGGGCAGGUCUAUGGUCUGCUCAACGGCUCUGUUACUGUGAAAUGCUUCUACCCUCCCACCCGCGUGAACAGACACGACAGAAAGUAUUGGUGCAGGGAAUCGGGCACGAGCUGCAGGACCAUUGCCUCCACCAGCGGCUACACUGCUCCAGGCUACCGCCACAGAAUCUCCAUCACCGACUACCCACAGGCCGAAAACUUCCAGAUUGACAUCUCCGGGCUCACAGCGGCAGACGCAGGCACCUACCAGUGCGGUAUCGGUAUCAAUGGCAGAGGGCUCUCCCACAAAGUCAGUCUGGAUGUUUCCGAAGGUCCUCAUGAAACUGAGGGAGCUGAGCUCUUCUACGUGAAGCUGCACAGCACUUUGACCAUGUCCUGCAGCUUCGGGAAGGACAACGAGAGUGUGAGGAAAUACUUGUGCAAGAUGGAGAAAGAUGGCUGCCACGACAUCGUCGAUAGCUAUGGGAAAGUGGACGAGGAUUACAUGGGGAGAGUUCUGCUGACAAACGAGCAGUCUCCAGGCUCGUUCAGCGUUGUGAUAACCCAGAUGGACUGGGAAGACUCGGGCUUGUACCUGUGUGGGGCUGGCAAGUAUGGGGAGACUGGAGAAACAAAGGAACUGGAUGUGCAUGUGUAUGAGGAGACGAAUGUUCCUCAAGUAAAGCCCACAAUAAUUGGAGUAAAAGGAAGUUCAGUAACUUUUGAAUGCCACUAUGAGCCUCGCAAAAGGUCCUCAAUGAAGUACUGGUGCAAGUGGAGACAGAAUGGGUGCACUCGGAUCAUCGACACCACUGGGUACGUGUCGGGCCCAUAUGAAGGAAGAGUCGCCAUCAUCGACAGCCCAGCUAACAAUACGAUGACCAUCAUCCUGAACCAGCUGAAGGACAGUGACAAAGGCUAUUACUGGUGCAUGACAGACGAGGAGAAGGAGCAGCAAUCAUCAGCUGAGCUGAAGGUCAUAGAUGGAGAACCUGGACUGAAGGGAAAGAAGGAAGUGGAGGCGCAAGCAGGUUCACGGCUGGAUUUAACUUGCUCUUACCCAUGCAAGUACUACUCCUACCAGAAAUACUGGUGCAAGUGGGGCGAUGCCAGCUGCACCCCCAUGCCAGCUGCUGACCAGAGGCAGCCGGGGCCAGACGUUACCUGUGACACUGACAACAAGACAGUUGUCCUGAGCUUUGACUCGGUGGCCAAGACAGACCAAGGGUGGUACUGGUGUGGAGUGAAACGCGACGGCCUCUUUGGGGAAACCAUGGCAGUGCACCUGGAGGUGACCGAAGGGAGCAGUGCCGGCCGCAGCGUGGACCUCCUGGAUAUUGACAACCCCAGCCCUGCCGAGGUUCCCAGCCAACCCGAGGUCCCUCAUCCUGCCAACGUCCCUGCUGAGCUCCCCAUCCCUGCCGAGCUCCCCAUCCCUGCCAAGGUCCCACAUCCUGCCAACGUCCCCGUCCCUACCAAGGACCAUCAUCCUGUUGAGGUCCCCGCUGAGGUCCCUCGUCCUGCCAAUGUCCCCAUCCCUGCCAAGGACCAUUAUCCUGCCGAGGUCCCCAGCCCUGCCGCAGAUGGUUUUAUUCCCCAAGGAAGAGCCUACAGUGAUGCUGAAGUGCGAGGUGCAGCUGACUCAGAAAGCUCUGAUCAACGCCAGGGCCACAGUGCACUUCCUUUAGCCCUGGGCCUUGCUGGUACCGUGAUCCUGGUCCUCGUGGCAGCUUUUGCCAUUUUUAAAUACAGACAGUUGAAGAGAUCUGAUCUGGUGUCCGUCGGGAGCUACAGGACAAACAUCAGCAUGUCGGACUUUGAAAGCGUGAAGGAGUACAGUGCGAGCAAUAAUGCCUGCGUGAAAGAUACCCAGGAGACUCAGAUUGGAGGGGAUGAGUUCAUCACCACUGCAGCUACCCCAGAAAGUGCUGCUGAGAUAAAAAAGGCAAAAAGGAGCUCCAAGGAGGAUGCUGACCUCGCCUAUUCCACCUACCUCCUCACCUCCAACGCCAUCUCACAGGGCGGCUCCGGGGGGGACAGCGCUGUCCCUGACAUGGCCCCUCCGAAAUGGGAGGGUCAGAUCUGAAGGUGAGGGACCAAGACCCUCAGCAACUGGGACUGGCUCUACUUUGAGGAUCAGAGCAAGACAUCAGCAAGAGGCACCAUUUAUUGCAACCAUGAUUUGCUAUAGCUUGACCUUUUCUUUCUUUUUUUUUUUUUUUUUUUUGCUUAAACUCAGCUUUGAGCAGUGAUUUAGGAGGAAUCGUUUGAUGCCAAAUAGGGCGGCUGGGCUGGAAACAGAUCUGAGUGAGCAGGUCAGACUGGGAAACGUCAGGGGCUCUGGUGGCUUAGCUCAGUGACAGCACCAGCCCCACCAGUGCCCUUCCAACAUGGGGGGUUCUCAAAGGCCAGAAGGGGCAUUAAAAAUAUAUAUAUAUCUCUCAUUUUUCUUUUAAAGACAGCUGGAAAACCCUUUAGAACAAUGACUCACGCUUUUGAUUUGUCUUAGCUUUCUCACCCAAAGGGCAGUACCUGCAGGACAUGGUCUGAAGUGUUUUUAUGCAGAAGCAAUAAAGAAUUACCACUGGCUUUCAGCAGACCAGGGGAACUUGAAGUCAGUGGGAGGGUAUGGGGAAAGUGCACCCAAAAAGGUGCAGUAAGGGUGCAUUUGGUUGGGGCGCUUUUUCCUCCUCUUACUGCAGCAUUACAGCAUCACAUCAGGUGUUGUAAAUGGCACAGGACAGCAGAAGAAACCCACAACUAAUGGAGAUAAACAGGCAAUAUUACAAGUAAUGUUUCUCACAUGCAUUUUCAUCAACAGAAGGAACUGAUCACAGCAUGAAUGUUAGUUAGCAUGACAACCUAUCAGCAGCCUAUAUAGCUGAUUAGGCACCAGCGUUCACUGUAUUCAUUUGCAUAGUACAGACUAAACUCCCCAGAGCAGCUGAACCAACCAUUUCCCAUUUCUGACUUGGAGGUGGAACCACUGAGCCAAAUCCGUCCUCCUCUGCCACAGAGAGUGGUCUUGGAAACCCACCCUUUGCUUAAUAAACCUGAGCCACACGUCACUCACACAUUUUCCCUGGCCGACCCCAUUUUUAUCCAGGCAGAAAUGAGAGUGACUGCAAUUAAA